UUCCUCUGCAGAUGUGGAGGUACUGUUGGUGCAAUUCUGACAUGUCCACUGGAAGUUGUGAAAACACGAUUGCAGUCCUCCUCUGUGACUCUCUACAUCUCUGAAGUCCAUCUCAACACUGUGAAUGGUGCUACAGUCAAUCGAGUAACUAGAGUUUCUCCUGGGCCUCUCCAUUGUUUGAAGAUGAUCUUGCAAAAGGAAGGUCCUCGCUCCCUGUUCAGAGGGCUGGGUCCUAAUCUAGUAGGUGUUGCUCCUUCCAGAGCAAUAUAUUUUGCUGCCUACUCAAACUGCAAGGAAAAGUUGAACAGUAUUUUCAAUCCAGAUUCUACCCAGGUACACAUGAUUUCAGCUGGUGUGGCAGGUUUUACUGCGAUCACAACAACUAAUCCCAUUUGGCUAGUGAAGACAAGAUUACAGCUUGAUGCAAGGAAUCGUGGAGAAAAGCGAAUGAGUGCUUUUGAAUGUGUCCAAAAAGUUUAUCGCUCAGAUGGUAUUAAAGGCUUUUACAGAGGAAUGUCAGCGUCCUACGCAGGCAUAUCUGAGACUGUUAUUCAUUUUGUUAUUUAUGAGAGUAUUAAGAGAAAACUACUAGAGUAUAAGACUGCCUCUGCCAUGGACAAUGAGGAUGAGUCAGCAAAAGAGGCUUCGGACUUUGUGGGUAUGAUGAUGGCUGCUGCCACUUCCAAAACAUGUGCAACAUCAAUAGCAUAUCCUCAUGAGGUUGUACGAACAAGACUAAGAGAAGAGGGAACAAAAUACAGAUCUUUCUUCCAGACACUAUCUUUGCUUGUGCGAGAAGAAGGGUAUGGCUCCCUCUACAGAGGUUUAACUACACAUCUGGUCAGACAGAUUCCAAACACGGCUAUCAUGAUGUCAACCUAUGAAGUGGUAGUCUACUUGCUCGAUGGAUAGCAAUGUGACAAGGCUUCCUAGAAGAAGGUGGAAGAUGGAGAGACUGGAGUGGACCACUGAAUGUCAAUGCCGGUGCGGUGGGCAAAGGAAAGAUGUGUCAGGGACAUGCGGCUAUGGACAAAACAGAAGGCUGGUUGUGGGCAACUCUGGAUAAUUUUGCUGCCUUAUUGUGUGGUCUCUUGACAAUGUGACAAAUGGGAGCUGCCCCUUAGGGAAUACCUUUAUACAUCUUCUAAUUCAAAA